AUGGCGUCACCGCGCGUCCGAGCCCUGCUCGCCUGGUGCGCCACACACGGCGUCUGGAUCGACCCCAGGCUCGAGUUCGUUGACGCCGACCACGGUCACGAUCCGCGCGAUCGCAGCGAUGAACACCAACACCACCAACGCCGCAACGAUGACAUCGGCGGCGGCGGCGGCGGCGGCGGCGCGACUGCGUCCGAGGAUACGCAUGCCGGCAUGUACGUGCGCGCGCGCGCGGAUCUCGACGCGCCCAUCGCCUGCGGCUCCUCGCGUAAGUCCGUCUCUCUCUCUGCUCGGUGCCUCGGUGUGGCUCGGCGUCCCAACGCGCUGACCGACGCGAAUGACUCCGGUAACCUGAUAUGUCGUGUCGCCCCGCCUCGCCCCGCCCCUCCUCGCGGCGCGCGCACACACACACACACGCCGCUGCCGUCACGAUCCGAAUAUGACUUGCACGUGGGACUGCCCCCGACCCCGACCCCUGCACCGAUGCGAUGCAACGCGACGCGAUGCGACCGCGGGACGCGCAUUCGACGCGCCUGGGCCCCCCUGCUGCAGUCGUCCACAUCCCGAAAUCCGCCGUGCUCUCCGCGCGCUCCUGCGCCCUCGCCGCGCACAUCCCGGCCGCGCCAUACGGGCACGCCGCGCACCUCGCGCUCGCCGCCGCCGUCCUCACCGAGCAGUAAGCACCCCCCGCGCGGCCAAAUCGAUCUGCGGGGGCUGACGAUCGUCCCUCCUCCUUCCCCUUCGUGGCGCACCCCGAACCUAAUCUCAACGUACACCACGCCACGCCUCUGCCGUCACCUCCCCACGUCCGCCCGCCCGUCCGUCCGUCCGUCCGUCCGUCCUUUAUUGAUCGCCUCCCUUGGGCUCUUGGUCCCGCUUCCGACCCCCCUUUUUCUUCCAUGGCUCGGCGACGCGUCUCGCUGGGCCGGCUACCUGCAGUCGCUGCCCCCCGCCGCCGCCGGGACCUCCAUCGCGCUCCUCUGGGGUGCGGAGUCCGCGGACGACGACGACCCGGACCCGGACGGCGUCGAAGCGCGGCGCUGGCUGCGCGAGACGGACGUCGCGCGGUACUGGCGCACGGAGACGGGCGCGCUCGUGGAGGACGAGAUCCGGGCGUUCCACGCGGCGGUCGUCGCGCCCCUAGCGGUGCGCCUCGGGCGCGCGGAGGCGGCGGAUGGCGUGGCGAGCGCGCGGGGGUUCCGGCACGCGUACGCGCUGGUGAGCUCGCGGGCGUUCGUCGUGGACGCGUACCACGGGCUGGGGAUGGUGCCCGUCGCCGACACGUUCAAUCACGGGCAGGAGCACGAUGUCCAUCUCGAGACGGACUACGACGUGUGCGUCGUGUGCGGCUCGCUGGCGGAAUGCGCGCACGAUCGGGAGCAGGAGACGCCGGUGGACGGACACGCCGAAGCCGAGGGCGCCGGGGAGGCGGAGAACAGCUGCGACAUGGUGAGCAACGCGCCGAUCGCGGGCGGGGCGGAGGUGUUCAACACGUAUGGGAGCGGGCUGGGGAACGCGGCGCUGCUGGCGCGGUACGGGUUCAUGCUGGACGGGAACGAGCACGACGUGGUGCGGUGGACGGCGGCGGAGGUGUGGGCGGUGGCGACGGGGGGCGCAGAGGGGCUGGCGGAGGCCGUGAGGGUGGUGGGCACGUGGCGUGGGUACGCGGGGUGGGCCGAGUCAGAGCGGGUGGUGAACGUCGGGGGCGGAGGGGCGACCGGGAAGGUGGGGGCCGGUGACGGGGAUGGAAGUGCGACGGGGACGGACGUCGGGGUGGAGGGUGACGUGGACGUGGACGUGGAGGGCGGGGGCCUGCUUCUGUGUGUGACAGGGGACGGGGCGGUCUCGCACGGGCUGUGGGCGUUGUGCGCUCUGGGGGUUGUCGCCGGUUCGGGGUGGGCGGGGGAGGAUGUGAUGAGGGUGCUG